GGAAAGAAUGUACCCAGGAUGAAAGCACAGCUGCAGCUAUCUUUGCUGUUCAACUGGAUGACUAUUUAGGAGGAAAGCCUGUGCAGAGUAGAGAAAUUCAAGGAUAUGAGUCUACGGAGUUUGUGGGCUACUUCAAAGGAGGAAUUAAAUACAAGGCAGGUGGUGUUGCCUCUGGAUUUAAUCACGUUGUAACUAAUGACCUGAGUGCCCAGAGGCUUCUGCAUAUCAAAGGACGGAGAGUUGUAAGAGCCACAGAAGUUCCCCUGGCUUGGACCAGCUUCAACAAAGGAGAUUGUUUCAUUAUUGACCUCGGAACUGAAAUCUAUCAGUGGUGCGGCUCAUCGUGCAAUAAAUACGAGCGGCUGAAGGCUACUCAAGUUGCUGUUGGCAUUCGGGACAAUGAACGAAAUGGAAGGUCUAAAUUAAUCACUGUGGAAGAAGGAAGUGAACCAGACCAGCUCAUAGAGGUUUUAGGGAGCAAGCCAGAGCUUCCUGAGUGUGGGGAUGAUGAUGAUGAACUGGCUGAUAUUACAAACAGGAGAAGCGCUAAACUAUACAUGGUGUCAGAUGCAAGUGGAUCCAUGAAGGUGUCUGUGGUAGCAGAGGAAAACCCCUUCUCCAUGGCCAUGCUUCUCUCUGAGGAGUGCUUCAUUUUGGACAACGGUGCUGCCAGGAAGAUCUUCGUGUGGAAAGGCAAAAAUGCUAACCCUCAAGAGAGAAAAGCUGCCAUGAAGAAUGCUGAACAAUUCAUACAGCAGAUGAAUUAUCCUGCCAACACACAGAUUCAGGUCCUUCCCGAAGGGGGUGAAACACCAAUUUUCAAACAAUUUUUCAAAGACUGGAAGGAUAAAGACCAGAGUGAUGGCUUUGGCAAAGUGUAUGUCACAGAAAGAGUGGCUAAAAUUGAGCAGAUUGAAUUUGAUGCUACCAAGUUACACGAGUCGCCACAAAUGGCUGCCCAGCAUAACAUGGUAGAUGAUGGUUCUGGCAAAGUAGAGAUCUGGCGUGUGGAAAGCAGUGGCAGAGUUCCUGUGGGACCCGAGACGUACGGACAGUUCUACGGCGGCGACUGCUACAUCGUCCUCUACACCUAUCCCAAAGGGCAGAUCAUCUACACCUGGCAAGGAGCCCACGCUACAAAAGAUGAACUGACUGCAUCUGCGUUUCUGACUGUUCAGCUGGAUCGGUCAUUGAAUGACCAGGCUGUGCAGAUCCGAGUCAGCCAAGGCAAAGAACCUGCACAUUUGCUGAGCUUGUUCAAAAACAAGCCCCUUAUUGUCUACAAGGACGGGACAUCCAAGAAGGAGGGUCAGAAACCUGCUCCACCCACGCGGCUCUUCCAAAUCCGCAGAAACUUGGCAGCCAUUACUAGGAUUGCAGAGGUUGAUGUUGAUGCAACGUCACUAAACUCCAAUGAUGUCUUUGUUCUGAAACUGCCAAACAACUCCGGCUACACCUGGGUGGGAGAAGGAGCAAGCAAAGAAGAGGAACAAGGGGCUCAAUACAUUGCCAGCGUUCUUAAAUGCCAGACUGCUAAGAUGAAUGAAGGCCAGGAACCCGAGGAAUUCUGGAAAGCGCUUGGAGGUAAAAAAAAAUAUCAGACUUCACCACAACUCUUGACAAAGGCUGAAGAUCAUCCUCCUCGCCUAUAUGGUUGUUCUAAUAAGACUGGCAGAUUUGUUAUUGAGGAGGUCCCAGGAGAGUUCACUCAGGACGAUUUGGCUGAAGAUGAUGUCAUGUUGCUGGACGCUUGGGAGCAGGUUUUUGUCUGGAUUGGGAAGGAUGCUAAUGAAACUGAGCGACAGGAAUCCGUUAAAUCUGCCAAACGCUACGUUGAAACAGAUCCUUCUGGAAGAGAUAAGGGGACCCCCAUUGUGAUUGUGAAGCAGGGACAUGAACCCCCAACAUUCACAGGCUGGUUCCUGGCUUGGGACUCCAACAAAUGGAAGAACUGAUCUAUCCGAGGAGGCUCCAGCCUUGAGCCAAAGAGUGAUCAGAGCCCAGCACUUCCUAGUAGUGUUAAGCAUAAGCUUAGGCAACGCGAUGCCUCUGUUGUUACACUUUCCUGAGCUUCGAUAU